UUCAAUACUGUCUGUUUUUUUUAUACUUUUAUAAUCAUGCAUAGAACUGCAGCAUUACCUGACUUAAUAUUUACUGACAUUCAUGUAAAUAAUAUUGAAAAUAUGCAAUGAACCAAAGCGUUUAUUUGAAAAUGAAAUGAUAUCUAAAAUAAUAAAAAUAAAAAGAUGGAUGACCCUCCUGUAGGUCAGGUGCGUAAAAACAAACCGUUCGUCAAGCUCAGCAUGUUUAUCAGCCCGGCACUAACAGGAAACUCACAAUAGUCUCAAUGGGAGCCGGUGUUUCAGUGUUUGUAGCUCCCCUCAGAUAUUCUGUUUAUUAAUAGGAGCCUGUCGACACACAAGGUAAAUCCCUCUAAUAUGUUUAUUUUUCUUUGAGGUGUAUUUCAAUUUGCGCUGCUUCGAAACGGUGGAAGAGCUUUUACAAUGCAGGUUACACCGGAAGUCCUCUUUAGAUUGUCUCUAACGUGACGUCUAAGUGCAUCCUCGGCUAGUGUCUCUGGGAUGCUGAGCGGGCAGGCGGGGCCGUGUUUGCUUGCAGAGCCCUGCCGUGGAGUGAUGUAGCAGGACGCACGGACACAGAGGACACAGAGACGCGGAGAGGACGUCUGUUAGAAAAAGAAAAACCUCAAAACAAAGUCGUUCAGUUCUGCAGCUGUGUUCCCUGAAAGCGCGAUGGGUUUCCACACGAAGCAAAUUUAACGCCAAAGACAGCAUCGCAUCCCUCCGUGAAGCUCGGACAUCUUGGUUCACUGACAGCACAGAGUGGACUAACGUCUCCCCCCUGUCCGAGCCGCGGGACACCGUGCUGUAGCGGAGCUGUGAGCUCGGCUCACCAUGGCGUGGCCCUGCAUCAGCAGGGCGUGCUGCAUGGCCCGCUUCUGGAACCAGCUGGACAAGGCUGACAUUGCGGUGCCUUUGGUCUUCUCCAAAUACACGGACGUCUCCGAGAUGCAGCACAUCCAGCUGCAGCCGCAGCUACAUCCUCCCCAGGCCCGAGUUGCUAUAGAAACGCAGCCGUCUCGCGCAGAAAGCCGCGCCGUUCCGACUGCACGCGCGCCGCGAAGGUGCGUCUCCGAGGAGCGCGUGUGCAGCUCUGUGAUGCGCGAGGACUUUAAGCACUGGAAAGUGCGUCCCGAACCGAGCUGUAAGCCCAAGAACCAGUACCACGAACCGGAAACACCGUUCAACAGUGAGACCCAGUACCAGAAGGACUUCAAGCCCUGGCCCAUCCCGAAGAGGUACGAUCACCCCUGGAUACCCAAACCGCCUCCGAGCGCCUCCGCGGGAGAAGAUCGCACACCGGCUAGGUCCAAGUACCCAAAAAAGCACGUGGUGGUGGCGGAGGCGGACAGCGGCGUUGAAAAAAGCGCUAUAGCCGACAAGGUCCAGGAGAAGGACCUGCUCCAGGGCCAGGAGAGGAAAAAGCGCGUCAGCAAGAAGGAGGGGGAGAAGAAAGUGGUCCUGAAGGGGGAUGGAGAGGGCAGAGGGAGGGCGGCGGACGCCGUGAACAAACAGAUCAAAGAGGAGAUUUCAGGCGGCAGCUCCUACAAAACUGAAUUCAAAGCGUACAGAGACGUGAAGCCAGUAAAGAUGAUACGGGCCAAGUCCCAGUACCUGCCACCGGAUGAAAAGACGAGCUUGGAAACCAGCUACAGCGCGACCUUCAAGGCCCAGUUCCCGCUGCAGCCUGCUGACAACAAGGCCGUGGAGAGGAGGAGGAUACGCAGUUUGUACAGUGAGCCUUACAUAGACCCCGGCAAACAGGUUGACAGGUAUAGUCUCCCUCGCUCUAAAUCCAAAAAGUCUGGAGCCACAGCAGCAGGCCAGAGCAAGCCAGCGAAGAAACCCAAAGAUAAGCAGAGCACUGUGCUGAGGGGCUCCAAGAAGGCGACCUCAGAGAACCAGCCCGAGAACCGGCCUUCGGUGGGGGACAAGGAGAAAAGUAAAGAGAUGAACAACAAACUGGCUGAGGCAAAAGAGGUUGUGCUAAAACAGUACCACUACAUACAACUCUGCCAGCCAAUCCGAGAUAUUGGCUGGGUGCAGACUCUAAAGCAACACCUGUGGGGCUGUGCACUUCCCAAUCCCAGAGAUGCUAAAGACGAGGUUCUCCGACCCAGUAAUCAUCAUUCCCAGGAUGCUGCUGGAGGAGAACCACAACCACCGCUGGAUAGACCCGGACCUCGGAGAGGUGGCGGCGUCGUACGCUUUGCCCUAGAUAUGAACCAGACUGAGUAAUUCUGCCAGGACUGAGGCAGAUACAUCUUUAUGCAGAGACUGCUGCUCUGUACUGUAAAUAUCUAGUAUUUAAGUUGGACUAGAAAGAAAGAGGUGAAUCUCACCAAACAACAAAAAAAUCUAUUAAUACAAAUAAAAAUACAUUGCUAUCCA